AUGUAUAAGUUCCUGCUUGCUUGCUAUGCGUUGACGAGUGUUUUUUUUUUGCCUAAUGAAUCGAAAAAUAUCGAAGGGAAUUUAAACGUGUCCCCCGAACUGGACGAAAACAGAUAUAUUUCCCUGGACAAGAACAAUAUAAACGACUUCAUCAAGGUGAAGGAAAACAAUUUUCUGUUCAGUGUUACCUGCAGGACAUCCAAAUUUUUGAGCGGCGCGAAGAAUUACGUUCUACGUACGGUGUCUUCCUCGUUGGACCUGUUGGAAUCGCUGCGGUCGGAUCACGUGAACCCUGAGAAUGUAGAGGCCCUAGAAGGCGUGGUGGAGAAGACAUGGGACCGAGAAAACAAGGAGUUCCUAGAAACGACAAAAAAGCUAAUCGAGCAGUACACAGAUAGCGAUCUGUUCAUACUACAAAUAGGACUGAACAGCAUCGCAUCAGCAAUAAUCGAGAAACCGGAAAAUGUAAUUUUUGUAGAGGAAGAUGUAGAAGUGUGUAAGAAUUAUUUCAUCCACAAAAAUAAUAGGUGUUUGUUACUGUUGAAAGGAGUGCAGUUCUACUGCAAAAAGGAUGAUGAGGGUGAUGAACAAAAAUACAUACACGAUACGCUUGACUUAAUCACAAAAAUUUACCAAAGUAGGAAUAACCAAGUGAUAGAUGUGCUUAUUGUAAGCCACAAGUAUCCAGUGGCCUUGCUAUACUAUAUGUACCCCUACAUGGAUUCCUCCACCUUGGUCAUACUAAUGGAUAACUUAAACCACCAAAUGAAGGAGGCCAUUUUUGAGUACUACAAUUUUAUAGGCGAGGCAGAUUUUUCCAAAAGUUUUGAGAAGCGCUUUUUUAAUUCCUACGUGCAAAAAGAACAUAAUGAUAUAAGUACCCCUAAUGAGAAUGCUACCACUAAAUAUGAACUGAACGAAAAUGCCUACAUCUAUAGCAAAAUGAAACAGUCUCCAUUUUAUGUAAUCACCUUGAACCCUAAAAUUAUGAUGAACCCACCACAUAAUCGAUACAGAGCUUUUAUAUCCAAUGAGUACACCUCCUCCUACGAGACAGAAAUAGCAAGAAUGAUAAAAGAUAUUGAAAAAAUAUUAAAGCUCAAUGAUACUUUCUACAGAAACAACAAAGCGUUAGUUCAAAAUUAUUUCUCCGUUAUAAAUGAAUUCGAAUUUGAAUUCGAUAAUGAUAAUGAUGAGCAUGUGAAAAAACACGUGACAGAAAUGUUGACAUCUAUACUGAAUUCCUUUGCUACAACAGGAGAUAUAAAUAAAAGCAAUUACAAGUAUGCCUUGGAGAAUUUAGGAAACAUAUUCCGAUUAAUGCUUUUCAAUAUUUAUAACAACUCAAAAUUUAAGUUGCUUUUUACUCCCUUAAUUGACUUUUUUAAAUUAUACAUAAAUAAGGAUGACGAAAAUUAUAUCGUGUAUGAAUUCUUGCUCUAUGGAUUAAUUAAAAACUCCAGUCAGGUUGCCUCCUAUGAGUUGAAGGAACUACUCUUCCUUGAUGUUUUAAGAGAUAUUUCCAAAACGGUGAAUAAACUCUCCAUUGCUGAAGUUAUUCAGGUCGUUACCAGACUGAAUAUCUUACUUAAGAAACUCAGAUCCAGGGAAGACAUUACACACGUUAAGGAGUACAUCAAGCGCGAAUUCAAUAUCGACUAUAUUAACAACGAGUUGUAA